AUGCUCCGUCAAUCCAUCAUCCGACCUGCUGCCACUGCCAGCCGGGCCCUACAGUUCCGUUCCUUCUCCGUUGCGGUUCCCCGACUGGGUGAGGGUGAUACCGGUGCUCCCCGUUCUGCUGGAGGCUCAAGCUCUGGUGACGCAUUCACCAAGCGUGAGGCUGCCCAGGAGAGCAUGUACAUCCGCGAGAAGGAGCUUGAGAAGCUCUCAAAGCUGAAGAAGCAGAUCUCUGAACAGCGCAAACACCUCGAUGACCUCGAGGGCCACAUUGAUUCCCUUACCAAGGAGCAGCAGCGCUAA